AUGGUGUCAGUCUCACAUAUUCACUCUUCUCUGAGAAAAAUUGUGGUUUUUCCCAUGGCUGCAAGCAUGAAGACCUCUCAACACAAUCGAUCCAACAGUGUGCCCUCUGCUCCUCAUCCUCUGAUAUCACAGAUUGAAGAGCAUUUGCAAAGAUUGAAGUCUUCUGAUUCCACUUCAUCGUCAUCAUCAAUUAGCCAGCAGCUCAAUGGUUUGCAGGAUUUGCAUGGCUACGCCACUCAGAUGCUUCAAUUGCCUACCACACAACGAGCCUUGGCCCAAGGAUGCUGCAAAAUAUUGGUUGACGAGCUGCUAGAAGGGUCUCUGAGGAUCUUGGAUAUUUGCAGUACUUCUAAAGAUGCCUUGCUACAAUCAAAGGAAAGCUUACAUGAACUUCAGUCAGCAGCUCGCAGGAAGAGAACAGUUGGAGAAGCAGCACUCACAAUUGAUGCUGGAAAAUACUUAUCAUCAAGGAAAAAUAUGAAGAAAGCAAUCAAGAAGGCAGUAGAAAUUCUGAAGAAAUUUAAGAAGGAAAAUUCCUCAGACAUAGGUACUGAGUCUUUGUCUAUGAUUAGCAGCUUAAAAGAAGCAGAAGUUGUCACUCUCACCUUGCUAGAAUCUCUUCUAUAUUUUGUCUCUGGCUCGAAGAUACAACCAAAGCAGAGAAGAUGGCCAAUGGUUUCCAUGUUGGUGCAGCCUAAAAGAGUAGCUUGUGACUCAGCAAAUUCAAACACAAAUGAAUUUGAAAAGGUGGACGAAACAUUGCAGUCUCUCCUAUCUCACAAGCCUCAAACUGGUAUAUUAGUUGAGGAUUUUCUGAAUCACAUGGAAAAUUUGGAGUUGUGUAUUGAGGUUUUAGAGGGAGGCAUUGAACACCUUCAAAGGCAUUUGAUUAGAACAAGAGUUUCUCUUCUGAAUAUCCCCAUCAAAUACUGA